AUGUAUGCUGUCAACAAGGUUUACCAUCUGGAUGCCCGACUUGAUAAAAUACAGCAGCGAAUUAAGGAUAAUUCAUGUCUUUCUUCGUUAGACCGCCACGAACAUGCACUUCAAACAGUUAACCCUGUUAAAAAUGUGGCAACAUUGGAGAGGAUAUUAGACUCACUUUCUAUAACAUCCAAAUCUCAACCAAUGCUGCGCUCAGAGCAAGUCUUGAAUCUAAUUGCUGCAUUCCCUGAGGAUCUGCUCGCCGUUGAUCAUACAUCUCCAGACAUAAAUAAGUUUCUAACAUACGCGAUAGACAGUUCUUGGCUGGUAGCUGCUAAAGCUGCAGCUCAGACUCUUGGGAUCAUACUGAACACCCUUUCAGAGGAUGUGCUGGCCCUCAACGAGGAGGUGAUCUACUGGGAUAGCGUCUCAGAGUCUCAUUGGUGCCUGGGAUUAUACAUGCUACAAACAUCUCCCGUGGUACUGUGGAACCGGCUCGGGGUGGCCUUCUCAACUUGGAAAAAUACUAGUCCCAGGAAUAAACCCGCGGGUUCUGUUUCAUAUGGAUGGAUACAAUUAUAUGGAAUCGCACGCCAGUGUAUCCUUUCCCCAAGGAUAUAUCCUUGGCGAAGUCUUCUCUCACCCCUUACAACAGCAAAGUCAGAAGUACGGCAGAAGCGGAAAUCACUGAGUUUAAUGAUGGAUAUGAAAGCCAGCUUUAUAGGCCUUCUUAUACGCAAGUGUUUUUCACGUGAAGUUGACGAUGGUUUCUCCAGCGCCAGUGGCUAUGGCUCAUUCAGUGAAGAGUGGCAAAUUAAUGUCCUUGAGAGUGUGGCUUUGAUGAAGGCGCUCCUGGAAGAUGCGGCAAACGGCAGAGUUACUCGCCACCAAGAAGAGAGCACCAUGGCGAUCGACCAAGAAGUCACAUCAAUGCGGCUGCGUUACUGUAGUGACUCAUCCUCGGAAGGGCCAAAAUUCGUCAUUCAGCAACUCACCUAUAUACUCGGAGAGCUUCUUCCGGGCCAUGCUAAAACAUCAAUAACAACAAUCAGCAACUCUGGACGUCCUCAUUACUUAGUACGUUAUUGGUUGCCAAUUUCUUUUGCACUUCUCUCGACAAGUACAUUACUGGAGCUGUUGAGAAACAGACGCCAUGAGCUGUUGAGAUGGGUCGCAGACCUUGGUUCAACUACCAUCGAAUUUUGGAAUAAUUGGGUUGUAGACCCACUUCGGAGACUUAUUGGGACUAUAAGACAUGAUGAAGCGAGUGAAAUUGCUUUAAUGAGUAGGAACAGCUUGGAAGCAGACCGAGCGAGCUUGGAAAGGAUGGUCGUGGAUUUCGUCCUUGACCGUUGUGAACCAAGCAGCAAUGAUAAUGAAGUAUAUAAUACUAACACCAUCACAGCAAAAGUUAGGGAAGGUGAUCUGACACCCGUUCUGAAAGCAUAUGAGAAAGACCUGCGUAGUCCCUUUGUCGGGACCGUUCGAGGUGAUUUGGUGCGGGCGCUCUUGAUACAGAUACAGAAGACAAAAGUAGAUGUCGAGAUUGCUAUUGGCGGGAUUGACGCUUUAUUGAGAAGCCAGGAGCUAGUUUUCGGGUUCAUUGGACUGACUCCUGGUAUAUUGGUGUCAUAUGCAUCUCUUCGUUGGCUUUACAGCUUGUUUGGCAACAGGAAAGGCCUGAGAAUGGGUAAGCAGCAGAACGAACUGAGGCAUGCCCUCCGGACUGUCCAUCGGACUUUGACACUGUCAGCCCCUCCUACUGGUGGUAUUCUCGCCUUCAGAGAUUAUGGUCUCCUGAUAUGCAAUGCUGAAGCCUUACUUUCAAAGGCGCGGACCAUUUUGAGAGGCACUGAUCUUCGUUCCUUUCAGGAAGAUAUUAGUGAUUUGAUCGACAGGGAUAGAGUUGACCGGCAACUCAGGGUUGUUGAACGGAUGGGUUGGGUUUAUUCAAGAUGGUUAUGA